GUCAGUCACAGCCUCUAAAUGCUUUAAUCAGAUCAUCAAGAGCAUAAAUAGAACCGUCCUGGAAGAGAUAAAACGCACACUUACACAAAGAGUGUGUAGUCAAAGAUCAUUAAGAAUUUUCUGGUUUUGUUCAUUCCCUGACUCUAGUCGCAAAAGAUGAAGACACUGAUGCUCUCUCUGGUUUUACUGGGAUCUCUGGGGGUCUUUCACUGCGCCCCUGAUCCUGUCCUGCCCGGAGUAACAGCUGACACCCUCAAACGUCUUUCUCUAGAGGGACAGAAGUUGGUGGAUGAAGAGGUUACUAAAGCACUGUAUGGAAUCAAAGAAAUGAAGGAGGUGAUGGCCAGGAAUGAGGAGAAACACACAAACCUCAUGAAGUCUCUCAAGCACAGUGGAGAGAAGAAGAAGGAGGCAUCAGAGAUCGCAGAGGAGGUAAAAAAGAAGCUGAAUGAAGCAGAGCAGCAGUGUAGGGUGUCUUUCAAUUCCUCCUGGGAGGCAUGUCGACCCUGCCUUGAAGACACCUGUAAGAACUUCUUCACCAACACCUGUCGUCGCGGGUUCUCCACCUUCACCAAUAAACUCCAGGACUUCUUUCAAAGACUGAGUUCUCGCUUUGGCCCUCGUGACGCUCAGGUUGUGUUGAUUCAGAGCGCAGAGACCCCUGACCUGGAGGUGGUGAGGAUCGAGGACUCCUUCAACAACCUGCUCACCAAAGUGGGAACCCUGGUCAAUCACAGUGUGGUGUUGGUGUCUCACUUCCACCGUGAGCUGGACCAGGCUCUACGCACAGCCUUCAGCCCUGAGGCGGACCGUGAAACCGAGCUGAUGCUCAAGCCCUCCAAUGAAGAUCUGGAUUCGGACUUCCUGCAGGGUGUGGGCCUGGACGAUGUUUUGGAGUCUUUCUUUGACUUCGGCAGAAGCGUGAUGGAGGAGUUUGGCGCAGUGAUCACACAGGUCUUCAGUGACCUGCAUGAUUCUGUGGAGGAAAAGAACGCAAAUGAAGAGAAGAAACUCUUCCCCAGAUUUCUGCAAAACAAGAGACUGUGCCGAGAUCUGCGCAGACAGUCGUCAGAAUGCUGGCAGCUGCAGGGAAAGUGCGAGUCCUGUCACGGAGCCGUGUUCACAGAAUGCCCAAGCAUGAGGGAGCUGCACGUGGAGCUGGAUGAAGCCUCUCAGCUGCUGGAGGUGUCCAGGCAGCAAUACGAGGAGGUGCUGAGCAUCGUGCGACGUCACACCGAGGACACCAUCAACUGGAUCAGCAACAUGGCUUUUGACUUCGGUUGGGUGGCCGAGCUUGCCGACAACACCACCAGCCCUAAGAGCAUCUUUAACAUUGCACCGGUGGUGGCAAGGUCUGAAGAAGGCGACAACAGAUCAUCAUCAGACACAAAAGUGGAGGUGAAUAUCCUGCACUCACCCACUCUCACCCUGACCGUCCCUGCUGGCCUCACACUUCAGGAUCCCGCUUACAUUCAAUAUGUGACACAGGAGGCUCUGGACAUGUACAAACAGAUGGUCAGGCACGGUGAUGUGUACACCAAAUAGAGGAAACCUGUUUUCAUCAGGCACACUGUUAACACCCUAUAUCCUGUAACGUUAGUUUGAUGUUACUUAAUGAAAUGUGUUCAGUUAAGAAGUCACUUUCCAUUUUCAAGCAUCGUUCUUUAUUUAGGGUCAUCCUGUGACAAGUCCGAGGAAGUGAAAUGUUAUAUUGUCUUGUUAUUAGACCUAAAUGUUAGUAUAUUAAGUCUGUCAGAUAUAAUGUACAGCAUUACAGUUUAUGAAUUUCAUUGUGUAAUCGUUACAUGACUAUAA